AUGGCACUACCUUCAGCCAUCAUUGAGGAGGGUGUGAGCAAAGUGUUCUCGUACAUCUCUACCAAGGUCGAAGACAAGGCGUCCAGAGCAGACACAAUCGCAAGGCUCGAGAUUGCACUCGCUCGCUUGGACAUUGCCCUUGAGAAGACAGGGAGGAUACCAAUCACAUACGUCUCCUUGCUACGUAGCAGGAAGGAUAUCAAUGGAGUCUAUAUGGAGGGGACAGAACUGCUCAACAAGCACAAGAUGCCGCAGGAUGAGAACGAUGGCCAUGUGGUGGUAAGGAGUUCCUCGUACCUUCAAUGGAUCGCCGAUAGGGCUGCAAACUUCUCCAUCUCUUCUCUUGUUGGCUUGGGCAAGGAGAAGUUGAGUUCCUCCGUUGAAAAAAUUGAGAGGUAUGCAGACUGGGCUGAAAAGUUUGUAGCAGAGGUGGAGUCGGGCUGCCCACUCCGGCUUGACACCUUCCGCUAUCCAUUUCUUAAGCAUCUUCUUGAAGGGAAAAGUCUCAUGUGUCAAAUCGUAAAGAAUCCAAGCCAUUCACUCAGUUUAGACCUACAACCCGUGAUUGUAGAAGGGCGUGGCGUAGAGGUCAUACUACGUUAUGAAUAUAACGAUCUCAGGAAGCUCGAGGAACGCUUCUUUAUACAUCUGAGCCUACGGAUCUCGGAAGACACCGAUAUCAUAGGGAUCAGUAUUAAGUGCAUCCAGCGGUUGACAUCUAUGUUCAAGCUUGUGGCUGAGUCUGCGAUAGGAGAACUCACGCUGCUGCCUAAUUUGCAGGACACUUUCCAUUCCUAUGUUCUUCCACCCACUAACAAGUCAUCAAUAGAAAUUCCGGAGCCAGUUAUUGAGAUCUAUUUUAGCUGCUACAUUUCAGCGCCCAAAAACAACUUGCGUAAUGCACCUCUGCUUCUGUACGGGAUUUUUGUGCCUCAUUUUCCUUCGUUCCCCGACGCGGAGAUUGAUAUUGAGUAUGGAGGCAAAAAGGAAAAUAGAAGCGGUGGUAGCGUGCAACAAGUGGAGGCGAUAGUAAGAUCAGAUGCGCUCGAUUAUUUGGUCCAUGAACCAGAACCCACGGAUUAUGAUCUGUGUUGGUUUUCUCCACAUGGUGCUUUACUUGUUACUCUGGAGGUCAUGCCAAGACCCAGCCGGAGGGUUUCUAAGAGAAAGCGGUAG